UCGCUCCUGCUAGCCUCCUGCUGCCUGUUAUUUUCUGCAACAAGAUGGCUGUCGUUCCUGAGAGCAGGGUCCUCACUUUCAGCGUUUUUAAAUGGAGCUCUUACUCCUCUACAUAUUUACCUGAGAAUAUCUUGGUGGAUAAACCUAAUGAUCAGUCUUCCAGGUGGUCUUCUGAGAGCAACUAUCCUCCACAGUUUUUAAUAUUGAAGUUGGAAAGGCCGGCAAUUGUUCAGAGCAUCACCUUUGGAAAGUAUGAGAAGACUCACGUCUGUAACCUCAAAAAGUUCAAAGUCUUCGGUGGGAUGAGUGAAGAGAAUAUGACAGAGCUUUUGUCCAGUGGCCUUAAGAAUGACUACAACAAGGAAACAUUCACCUUAAAGCACAAGAUCGAUGAGCAGAUGUUUCCCUGCAGAUUUGUCAAAAUAGUGCCUCUGAUGUCUUGGGGUCCCAGUUUUAACUUCAGCAUCUGGUACAUUGAGCUGCACGGUAUUGAAGACCCCGAUGUGGUGCAGCCUUGCCUUAACUGGUACAGCAAGUACAGAGAACAGGAAGCCAUCCGCCUUUGCCUCAAACACUUCCGACAACACAACUACACAGAGGCCUUCGAGUCGCUGCAGAAGAAGACUCGGAUAGCACUGGAGCACCCCAUGCUCACCCACCUGCACGACCGGCUGGUGCUGCAAGGAGACUUCGACGCCUGUGAGGAGCUCAUAGACAAAGCUGUGAGAGAUGGUUUGUUUAACCAGUAUAUCAGCCAGCAGGAGUACAAGCCCAGGUGGAGUCAGAUCAUCCCAAAAUGCAACAAAGGUACAAGCGCCCAAGAAAUCAACCGAGACGACAUGAACAGUGACGGCGAUGACAACAGGCCAGGGAUGAGGGGAGGACAUCAAAUGGUCAUUGACGUCCAGACUGAGACGGUGUACCUGUUUGGAGGCUGGGACGGCACACAGGACCUGGCUGAUUUCUGGGCUUACAGUGUGCAGGAGAACCAGUGGGCUUGCAUCUCCAGAGACACUGAGAAAGAGAGUGGUCCUAGUGCUCGCUCGUGCCACAAAAUGUGCAUCGACUCGCAGCGACGUCAGAUCUACACACUGGGCCGCUACCUGGACUCCAGCGUCAGGAACAGCAAGUCUCUGAAGAGUGACUUCUACCGCUAUGACAUUGAUGCCAACACCUGGACACUACUCAGUGAAGACACGUCGGCUGACGGAGGGCCAAAGUUGGUGUUUGACCACCAGAUGUGCAUGGACUCAGAGAAACACAUGAUCUACACAUUCGGCGGUCGGAUCCUGACGUGUAACGGCAGCGUAGAGGACAGCCGGACGUCAGAGCCGCAGUUCAGUGGCCUGUAUGCCUACCACUGCCAGGGCGGGACGUGGAGCCUCCUGCGGGAGGACUCAUGCAACGCUGGGCCAGAAGAUGUCCAGUCCCGCAUCGGGCACUGUAUGCUCUUCCACACUAGAAAUCGUUGUCUCUAUGUGUUUGGGGGUCAGAGGUCGAAGACAUACCUCAAUGAUUUCUUCAGCUACGAUGUGGACGGAGACCACGUAGAGAUCAUAUCUGAUGGCACUAAGAAGGACUCAGGGAUGGUUCCUAUGACUGGUUUUACCCAGAGAGCUACUAUUGACCCCGAACUCAACGAGAUCCACGUCCUGUCAGGCCUCAGCAAAGACAAGGACAAACGUGAGGAGAACGUUCGCAACUCCUUCUGGAUCUACGACAUCGCCCGCAAUAACUGGUCAUGCGUGUAUAAGAAUGAUCAGGCUGUGAAAGAAAACCCAAGCAAGGCUCUGCAGGAGGAGGAACCGUGUCCACGCUUUGCACAUCAGCUGGUCUACGAUGAGAUGCACAAAGUGCAUUACCUAUUUGGUGGAAACCCUGGCAAGUCUUGCUCUCCGAAGAUGCGCCUGGAUGACUUCUGGUCCCUUAAACUGUGUCGGCCCUCCAAGGAGUACUUGCUCCGCCACUGCAGAUACCUCAUCAGGAAAUACAGGUUCGAGGAGAAAGCCCAGUCAGAGCCACUGAGUGCACUCAAGUACCUGCAGAACGACCUGUCGCUCACGGUGGACCACACAGACCCUGAUGAGACCAAAGAGUUCCAGCUCCUGCCCUCGGCGCUCUUCAAGUCCAGCUCUGACUUCAUCCCUCUGGGUUUUUCAGACGUAGACCAGACGUACGCUCAGCGGACGCAGCUCUUCGACACGCUCGUCAACUUCUUCCCGGACAGCAUGACCCCACCUAAGGGCAACCUGGUGGACCUCAUCACCCUCUAGCCCCUCCCACCUGUGACACCUCACCUGCUGGACUGACUGAACACCUGCCCCAUGUGGAGACAGACACCAGUUAUUUUUCUAUUCCUGAACCCUGCUGGUGGGAUUACACCUAAUCCACCUCCACUACACUGACCUGCUGCUGUCAUGGGCUGCGUUACCACGGCGACGAGGGUCAUAAACACACACAGCAACACUGCGCUAGUUGGAUACGAGCGCAAUUCCACGACAGCCUGAGGUGUGUGUGUGUCUUUCCUUUUGUUUUUGCCGAGCACACACAGCCCUGCUUGUGUUUUUCAUUUUCACUUGUUUUUUUCUUCCCAGAAAAGUUGAAGCCAAAAAAGAGGAUUUGCACAUUUGUUUGCAAUCUUUUUUCAUUGAUUCUUCCUGUUUUUUUGGUUUUGUUUUUAAAGCUCUGGAUUUGUGCACUCAGACUCCCACACAGUAGACCACAGGCGUCUAUCCACAUGUUUGGAGCAGAACAGAUGAGAAUGACGUCGGUUGAGGCCAGUUGUUGCAAAAGUUCAAUUCAGAUUCCCUUAUUUAUUUGAAGACAGGGCGGUGCCAAGCUCCCCUGUUUUUUUUUCUUUUCUUUCUGCAUCUCUACUACAAAACAUUUUUGGCUCCAUUUCAGCUUCCUCAUUGAUGGUUUGGUUAGUUUGCUUUUCUGUAACAUACCCUCCUAUUUGUGAUCGUGACAGCCACGCAGAUGCAAAAAAAGUGAACCAUUUUAAUAGUGUUGUAGGAACCGUAGAGGAAUGAUUCUAUGAGAUAAAGUUUAAUAUAUAUUGAAAUAUACAUUUAUAUUGGUUUUGGUUGUUAUCCCUGUAAAACUGGCUGAUACAAGUUGUUUCCUCAGUAAUUAUUGGACUGCUCCAUGGUGUACAGAAUAUGUAAAUAUACUUUAGGAAUUUUUUUCAAAGUUUCCUGGAUUGAACAGAUCCUCUGCUGAAUCACAUUCUUUCUCCACAUACAGAAACUUUCUGGCUCUACAUUUAACACUCAUCGUUGCUGAUGGAAAAUAAUUCCAAAUAGUUGGUGUGUGGGUGAAGUGCUGCUGCCAGUUUUCCAGUUUGAUCAACGUUAGAGCGGCAGAAAUCUGUCUGAGCUGAGAGGAGGUUCCUCUAGUGUGAUGAAUUUUCCUGUUUUCUCCUCAAAGUUCCAAAUGUCCACCUGAAUAGAUUUGUGAAUUAGCAGGACUGAGAGGACACAGCCUGAAGCCUUAUUUGCCUUCAGUCUGUUACGGUCCUAUAACACCCAGUUUGCAGGUGUUAUACGACUUCUACCCGAGCCGUUGGAUUAGAAAUGCUGGUUGGUUUUACUUUGAACAAGUAUUGAUCUUGCUUUUCAAAAAACAGAUCUGUAACUAACUGUUAGUAUUAUCAUUCCUGAUUGAUCUGGCCAUAGUUUUUUAAAAUAAUCCUUUAGUUUUUCGAUUUGUACAAUAUUAAAACGAUAGUUUUAAAAAAUACUGUUCACAUUUUGCCACAUCCCAAGAAAUUGGAAAAAAAAACAAACAACUGUAGCAAUUUUGCCUAAAAAUGACUUGAACACCUGAUCAGUUAUCUUCUGUUUAACAGGCUGAAUUCCACUGGGAUCCUGAGGUCUCCUCAGAAUUCCUGCUGCCACGUUUGUUACCACAUUAACACAAAUAUGAAAUGAUAGAAGUGAAGUUUGUGUAAUUUUCUCUGAGUCGCCAACCAUCUACACUACCGUUCAAAAGUUUGGGGUCGCAGAAAAGCAGUUUUGUUCAAUGAAGAUAACAUUAAAUGAAUCCAGUCUAGACAUUGUUAAUGUGAUAAAUGACUACUGUAGCUGGAAACAGCUGAUUUUUAACAGAAUAUCUCUAUAGGGGUACAGAGGAACAUUUCCAGCAACCAUCACUCCUGUGUUCUAAUGCUACAUUGUGUUAGCUAAUGCUGUUGAAAGGCUCAUUGAUGGUUAGAAAACCCUUGUGCAGUUAUGUUAGCACAUGGAUAAAAGUGUGCGUUUUCAUGGAAAACAUGGAAUUAUCUUGGUGACCCCAAACUUUUCAACGGUAGUGUUUGUUAUUGAUCAAACUCAUGAUCUUCAGCUGAGCCUUGUUAUUCAGGUAAAUCUUUCCAUAGUCAUCAGGGUGACAGGUGGUGGAGCGGGUUGUCCUCUAAAUGUAAGGUUGGUGGUUCGAUCCCUGGCCCAUCAUGCAUCAGAGUGUCCUUAGUCAACACUCUAAAGAUUAUUUACUGUUUCUUAUUCCUAGAGGAAAUGUGUGAAACUGAUGAUUUUCAGUUCAGUUAAAGAAGUGGUACACGUGAAUACAGUCCCCCUGAAACCAGAUGUCAGAUGCUGGGUGUGAGCUCACUGAAAAGGAAAAAACACGCGAGGUGGCAGCUUAAAAUCAGGUUUUAAAUUGAUAAAAUGACAGAAAAGUAGUUAUCCAGCCCACAGGUGGAAGGUGAGACAGCUGUUUGAGAGUGGUGCUGGUAGCAAAUUUGGGUUCUUGCUCAGACACAGUGAAUGGUGGGAGGGGUUCGGCUGCAGGGCUGCUUCCCUCUUCACUUUUAGUCAACAUGUUUACCUCUGCUGUCACCAAAUCAUGUUGGGCGGUUUGGGAUUCAUGUCCACUGGUGCUUACUGCUCACUGAAGGUCCCACCUGUAAGUGUUCCUGUUUGUUGUCUUCCAUGACUCUCAGAGACAAACUGAUUGUCUUUCAUAGGAGACGCCGUCACUAACAUCCCACUGGAGUGUCUGAAGGUCAGGUGCAGCAACACCUCCAGCACUAUGUCGAGAACAUCUGAUGCAUCACAACACUACAUGAAUUGUCACCGUUGGCACAUCUGCUGCGACUGUUAGCUGGACUUUGUAGAUAAUCUGUGUGUAUUGUACAGGAUCAACAUUUUUCUAUCUCUGAGCUUAAAGAACACUGAGAACAGACCGAGCAGAUCAGUGGGGCGGUUAACCAAGACGACAGAAUGGGGUAAAAAUGUAAUUCGUAAGUUGUGUAACUUGUUUAAAGAUUGUGUCAUGUUCAACUGUUUUCUCAAACUAAGUGUUUGAGUGACAGACUUUAAGAUCAUACAGAACUAAUUAUUGUAUUUAAGUCUCUCUUUAGCAUUGUAUAGGCAGUUGUUAACAAUUAAUGUGCUUAUUCUGAAAUUAAAGGACCAUUCUGGGGUUUUGCAAGUUUAAACCCAAAACGUAAUAACCUUAUGUAACUUUUAGCCGUGUUUCCACUAACAAAAAAACAGUCAAACAAAACUGGAAUGUGUAGUUGUAGGGGCUGCUUCUGGACAUUUCCCAUGACAUUUCACUCAGUACUUCGUUAUCUGCAUUUACACCCUGGUAUAAAUACGUUGGAAUAUUAGGCAUGUUAGUCAGCUGUUGUACUACCUCAUUUAUGAGCAACAGUAUGAAACAAUGACAAACGUCACAUUUAGCAAGGCCUGGAUUUUGACAUCAAUUUAUCUACCACACUGUUUUUCCUCUAGUUGCACGAUGUUGUGUCCAAACACAACCCCAUGAACUUGGCUGCAGGUUUUUAAAAUGGCUGCUGAGUAUUCAACCUGUAACCAAUACUAAUUCAACAGUUCCUGAAGCUUGAAAAAGUAGUCACCCAUCAGCAGGAACUUUAUGCAGCCUGAAACAGUUUAGUUCCUGCAGUGGAAACACGGCUUUAGCUAAACAGCAGCCACCGUUGCCUUGAGUAGACAGGAUAUGUUUUCUCAUCAUAGUUGAGUCAGAUCUAGUAAUUGGUUUUUCUGAAAGAUAUAUUUGUGUUUAUCUUUGAAAACCCCAGAGGGUCUUUUACCAACUGCUGAAAAUGAUAUAUCUCAUUGCUUUUGUGUAAAACAGAAAAUCUGAACAUGAAAAUAUAGAAUAAUGAAAGGCACAAACUGAGGAAAGAUGAAUUCUAAAAUGCAAUGUAACCAUAGCUCUUAGACAGGAAGAUUAUCUGUUACACAGCAGUGUCUCUCCAGUGCUAACCAAUGCUAACAUUAGCCACCCUAAGUUAUUGUUCAUACCAGGCUUCAACAGUAAAACUACUGAGUACUGAACUGAGCGAGGGUGUGUUUCCUUGCUAAAGAAUUGAAAUUUUUGUUUGUAUGAGUUAAUAUGUUGUUUCUUUGUUCUAAACUUACUUGUUCGAAUGACCACUGACUGUUGAUUUCUCAGUGUGUGCUGCUUUGCAGACAGCUGUAAUGUUUAUUUCAUUAUGCUGUGAAAAUCAGCUGGCAGAUACUUGAAACAGUACUGUCACUUCAAAUCAGAACAGGUCGUAUCUUCAGUGUAAUGGCUCAUCUGGACUUCUGCUUUCUUACUUAGUUAGCUGAGAUGUUUGAUACCACACUCAUAUAGGUACCUUCAUUAUGAUGCUAGCAAGUUGUGAGCGUAGCUUAGCAUAUAGCCUGGCCUUUCCAGAGCGGAUCUGGAUCAUUUGUAAAGCUCACCAAGAACCCAGUGGAGUCCACUGGUUGCAGACUGUUUGGAGGCUCUUGGCUAAGCUAAGCUAAGCUAAGCUAACCACUUUCCAUUAGUGUCAUUUUUAGCAUGCAGAUAUUAGGGUGGUUUCAUGAAAUCUCUGCAAGAAGAGAGCAUGCAUACUAUUAAAUUACAAAGGAUGUGACUUGUAGCAAAUGGGCUGAAAUGUACAGAACCAAACAAAAAGCAGCGGUGUCGUCCUUUAAACGUCUGACACGAGCUCUUCUCCUGCUUGACGGCCUUCGAUGUGCAGUCUGUAUCCGAUGAAUUCAGCCUCACUUCCUCAUUUACUUGAUCCUGUAUUUAAAUGAAUACUGAGCACAUUUACCCUGUGACAGAACGUCUCAUUAACUGCUCUGGUGUAACAUAUAACCCCCCUCUGCUGCCCCAGAAGGCUGUUUACUGAUUGUGAGUGCUCUGCUGCUGUUCCCAUCAUCCCUGUAAAUACUGUUGUUGCUGCAUUUCCCUAAUUAGCAGAUCCCAUCCCUCUGCAUUUACAUUUAUUCUUACUAAUACUUUUGACAGUUUAGCAUGAGCAGGAACCAACAGAAGCUACUUAGACAUUUAAUUCCCUAAAUCCAGCAGUUGAGGAGAGUACAAGCUGUAAGACUUUAUGCCAAUAUGUGGUCAUUGGGCGGUUCACGUUUUGGUGGAUGAGGAUGACGGCAUGUGUGUGUUCAUGUAUGCUUUGCCUCUGUUGCUCCGAUAAUGGAAUCAAUUAUGGGAUUACUUUUUUUUUUAAAUCACCAGAUUAAAGCAACACGAGGGAUUAUUUAUGGCAUUUUGAUGAUAUUUAGGGCUUAGCACACUUUGCCGUAGCAUUUCUGUUUGUGCCAGAAGAAAGAUGUGUUGAAGAAACUGAAAGCACCUUUGUAAAAAACAAAAAGAAUAAAAUAAAACACACAAUGCCAAAUACUACUUUUCUUUUUGCUUUUUUAAGGUAAAUAUCCUCCACACAUCGACAUUGACUGUGUGGAAAGUUAUUCCUUGUUUUCCUCUUUGUUUCGUCGUUAGGCCUGGGUGGGACUCAGGAGUCUAAAGGCUGGUACUCUCAGAUCUGUGAGCACUACUCUGUGGAUACAGUGAAUGUGUAGAAAGCCUUGUAGUAUUGCAUUGUAUGUAAUGUAUAUAAUGAAUAAAGAUUGUAUUUUGUUCAAGUUUUCUUAA